AUGUUCACCAGCCGCUACCUCGCCCUUACCGCGUUCUUGCUGCACGCCACCGUGCUUGUCACAGCACAGGACUACACCGAGAAAGUCUGGGGAGUUUUCGCAUAUACCAUCCACGGAGACAGCAUCCCCAAUGUUCUAGCAGAAGCUCGCCCCAGGUUCUUGUCGGACUAUGGAGCUAAUCAGCUCGCGGCCGCUGGGGCAGCUUUUCGCGAACGCUACUUGUCCUCGGGUGGAAGCAUCAACGUCUCCGAAUCCGCAAUCCAGUACAUCUCGGCGACCGUUCUAGACUCAAAAGAUGUCGAUGUGUUUGCGACGACUGAUCAAUUCGUCAUUGCCUCGGCUCAAGCGUUCAUGCAAGGUCUCUAUCCCCCGCUCGGCCAGCCGGGCAUGGCACCUUCGGAUACCACAGGCAAUAGCUCGUCUGAUAUAUCGCCUCUUCAUGGAUAUCAAUACCCUCAGAUUGUUACGCUCGGUGAAGCCGACCCACAAUCUGUCAUCUUAGCCGGACAAUCAGACUGCAGCAUGCACCAAGCCGCCGAAGCGGAGUAUCGGGACGGUGACGAUGCUCUGGAAAUCAAGGAGAUAACGAACGCUUUCUAUGCAAGACUCUGGCGAGAGGUCCUGUCAGGAGUCUAUGCCGAAUCAUCGGCCACCUAUAGUAAUGCAGUUGAUAUCUCCGACUAUAUUGAGUACGAGGCGGUCCACAACAGUACCGUUCGAAAUCAACUCAGUGAUGAUGAGAUGAGGCAGGCACGCUGGUUGGCCGACCAGUAUACAUACGCUACGAAUGGCCAGAGUGAUGCUUCUAGCCAAUCUACGAUUGGCUCUGUGAACCCUAUUGCAGGCCAGACUCUCGCGACCAGCCUGCUGCGUGCCUUUGACAUGAACAUCAAUCAGUUUGGCACACGGCAGAAAAUGACGCUGCUGUUCGGUAGCGACGAGCCUGCCGUGGCUCUUGCAUCCUUGCUUGGCCUACCGACUAAGCAGCAGCCCGAUUUCUAUUCCCGUCCGGUCCGCGGUGCAUCGCUGGUCUUUGAGCUAUACAGCUUUGAGAGCGAUGAGGUGUAUCCCACAUACCCGGGCAUUGACAACCUAUAUGUGCGCUUCUUCAUGCACAAUGGCACAAAUGCCACCGAGUUCUCGCCAUAUUCGCUUUUCGGAUACAGUCCGAGCCACGAGUACGUCGCGUACACCGAGUUCCAGAGCGAAUUGGAGACGUUUGCUGUGCAGACUACGCAAGAGUGGUGUUUCCGGUGUAAUUCAGCGGCCGUCUUCUGUACAGGGGUCCUGGAGAACGAUAGAUCAGACACGAAGGAGAAGAAAGGAAUGGCCCCAGCCGUCGCAGGUGUCAUCGGUGCUGUUGUAACGCUUGUGGUCAUUGGGCUGCUUGCGAUCUUAGGAUUCUUCAUCUGUGGUAUGCGCAAGCGUCAGGGUAGCCUCAAACCAAGGCUUGGAGGGUUCAAGGGAAAUAGCAAGCUCGCGAGUGACACAGACGUCACGUUCAGAAGCCCUAUCUGGGGCGCUUCCAAGGUCGCGAGCGCAGACCAAAACGAGGACAUCGCUGGCGGUAUCAUCGUGCGCGGUAACGAGCGAUUGGGAAGCUGGGAAAUGGGCCAGCAGAAGGAGGCUGGAGACGUUGAGUCGACGAGUCAGCGUCACGUCUCGAGGCUGGAGGAUGAAAAUGAAGACGAAUGGCGCAUCCACAGUGGCCUCCAACCUGUGAAAGUUCGAGAACGUGUUUGA